CCACUCACCUGCACUCAACACCAGUCUGUGAUCCACUCACCUGCACUCAACACCAGUCUGUGACUCACUCACCUGCACUCAACACCUCACACUCCGUGUUCCUCUCCUCCAGUAGCACUGUGGCAAUGUCCCUGCCAGCUAACAUCAUCCAUGGUAAAAAAUCCGCUACGAUGACCCCUGAGAUCCGAGCUCCACUCCUUGCUAGGCGAGACAGUCUGAGUGGUAGGACAAUGCGCAAUGGAAAGAAUAUUGACGUUGGUGGCGUUAAGCCCCUCGUCACUAAAACAGAGAUACACUGUGGACGACCAGGCAACCUGCGAACAAAUGCCGGGAAACCCACAUACAAAUCACAGGAAGAACAGUAUCAAGAGAUUCAGGAACUGCGCCGGAGUUUGGGUGAGCUGCGCGAGGAGAAUUCUAAUUUGAAAACACGCAGCAGACGCCUUGAGGAAGACUUGAUACGCCGUGACCGCCAGAUAGAACAGCUAAUGGAUCCAGCCAAGAAUGAUGAGGCUCGGAGAAAGCUAACCGACAAGGGAGCUUCUCUGGUGUCGAGCCUGAAGCUAAGAGUGUCACGCCUUGAGGCUACACUGAAGGAAAAGGAGGCCGAGCUAGCAAAGCUUCAAGCCUCGACCAAGGCUACAGCUCUAAAUGAAAUGAAGAUUGAGGCAGAAACUUAUUACCAAGAGGUUGUGAGAUUAAGAAAUCAGUUAAAUAUAGUACAGCAGCAGCAACAGCAGCAUCAACAGUUCCAGCAGUAUCAGAAACCUUCACAGCAGUCAUCUCCACAACACCAGAACUCUCAGCAGCAUUUGCAGCUUCCUCCUCAGGAAGAACCCCAAGCAGUGAGCACCACCCACUGGUCCAACAUGAGAGGUGGGCAGAACAGUAGGGAAGGAAUGCGAUGUCGAAGAGAUGGUGGUGAUGGGCAGGAGUCCCCAACCACCAAUCUACGACUUGCACUCUCACAGCUCGAGGAGGAAAAUGCUCGACUGGGUAACCAAGUAUCAUCACUCGCUGUUGAAAAAGACAAACUUGAGGCAGAUUUGGAGAGAGUUCUCGGUGUCUCUGAAGAAACUAAAAAUAACUAUGAGGGUUUGAGUCGAGCAGAAUUGAUCAGAGAGGUUGAACGAGGUCAUGAAGAAGUGAGCCGCUGGGAGACUCAACAUACACAACUGACUGAAGCUCUGGCAAGAAGGAAUGACAACGCAGGAGACAGCACUGCACUUUUCCAGGCUCAUUUGGCAGAGAUGCAAGGGCGAGAAAUGGAGUGGGAGAGGGAACGUUCCAGUUUGCGGGAGCUGAUCAACACGCUCAAGGAUGACCGCAUGUUCUACAUGGAAACAGCUCAGAAAAAAGACUCAGAGUUGGACAAUCUACGGACAGAAAUUCAGACACUGCAACAAGAGGUUAUGGUGCUGCACGACACUCAGCGGAAGCGUAAUGAACGGUUGCCUGGCACUCUGUCACAGCGAGCGGCUCGAGGCACUCUUAAACAAGUGUUGUCAAGUGGUUCACGUUCGGGGUCAAGCAGUGAUGCCAACACGCCCACCCGACGUAAUCGUCCAUCCAGUGCUCGCCCCCCACCUCCUGGCACUCGCCCUCAACGUUCAUCAAAGUCGUCCAGUGAGCCACGUGAGAUUCCCCCACCUAGUAAAAUGAGAAGAACUCCUGCGCAGCAGAGUCCCAAAAAGCUUCCACAACAUAAAUUGCCAUCUAAAGUUUCUUCUUCUACCUCUUCACCAUCUAAAAGUUCAGUUACCAACCUACCAAGUUCAGUGAACCCUACUAGACCAGGUAUUAGCAAUAGGAAACCAGCAACUUCAUCAUCAACUGCUUCCACUCCAAAGGCUAGCCCAUAUGGAUCCCCAAGACAUAGCUCCAUGGGUCGAGUAACAUCUUCAGCUUCAUCAAAAACUCCAACUCCAACGACCUCACCGCGCAAGAAUUCAAAUUCAGUGUCACCUCAUCAUAAAUCUGUUUUAACAUCACCUCAGCACAGGGUAACUGGAUCAGCAUCUCCUCAACCAAGACCUACUGGUCUAAAGUCACCUGCCAAAAUACCCACAUCUCGGUCUUCCUCUAAAACCUCCACUCCAUCAUCAUCAGCAAAGUCUUCCCCAUAUAAAGUAAACAACCUCAGCAAAUCUUCGCCUAAAAUUUCUCAACUAAGAGUUGGUACCAGUCCCAGCAAGAGUGGGAAGGGACAAGAGGAAGGUGGCAGUCCUGCUAGGACACCCAGGUCCCCUCGCAAACAGGAUGCCAUUCAAGAGUCUUCGUUUCUUGGUAAAACUGAAGCUGGUCCAUCAUGUAAGGCAACGGUAACUUCUCUAGUGGUGAUUCCUGCUAAACCUGACAUGGAGAACAGUACAAAUCAUGUUAACUCGCAUGUUACAUCUCAACUGCACCUUUGUCAGAAUGGCAACAUCCAGGCUUGUUCCAAAAAGGACGAAGAUGAGAGAGUUCUGGCAGAGAUCCUGUUUCACCGAGAAACUGGUAGCAGUGGUGAAGCAUCCGACGCUCCUCCAUUUGCACGACAGAGAACAAUUACAUUAAGUGUCCGUGAAGAUGUGCCCUCUGCUGAGAGUGAUGCAGAAAAUACAGAGGUUGGGCAUGCAAGUGGCAGCAACUCACUGAACAGACAAAAUACUGUAACUCUGAGCAAGACGGAUGUUGAAGAUGAGAGCCUGGCAGCACAGAACAGUCGGCAGGAGCUCAGACAAGACACCAUUCCAAGUGGUGAGGACGAAAGUUUGUGGCAAGAAAAGAAUGGUAGUGAUAUCGUUAAGAAGUCAUUAGAUUUAUCAAGCUCUGGUGCAUCUGCUCAAGACAUUGAGAUCAUAGAGAACUUAGAGUUGUUACGAGCACUGUUGUCGUCUCAUGUGAACCGUCAGCGGGAAGUUAAUGAACUGCUGAAUAGAGAACCACUGUUAGUUGGUGAAGGACAGAGACUGGGUGAGUGCGAAGAGCGAGCCAGACAGAGGGGAAGGAGCACUCGAGAGGCACCUGACGGAGAAGAGUCAGCAAAGGCGAGUUAUAAACGUUCUCAGAGCUUGGUACGUCAGGGAACCUUCAAUGUGUAUGAUGAAGACACCGCUGUAGCCACUAUCCAUGCUACCCUGGAUGCUCAUCUGACCAGGGUAAACAAAGUGCAGCAGUUCAGCAACAAAUAGUACACAAUUACCAUCUCUGGUCUUAUUCACUCCUCUGGUCUUGCCGCACAAUGCACAAUGAAGAUCUCGCCACUAAAUUACGUUAUGAACACUUGUUAUAGGCACUGUGGAUAUCACUGCUCAAAGUGCGAGAUACAUUGUUUCACAAAUGCCGUGUACCUGAGCAUGCCUUACAGACCAUUUAUCAGCAAUGUCGGUGAACUGGAGUUUCCGGUCAUGUCAUAACUGGCAAGACUGGGAGGGCAGCUGCAUGCGAUUGUUUUGAUUCAGUUUCAACCAUUAAUUAGUAUAGAAUUUGACAUACUUUUAUGUUGCACAUGAAGUUAAAUUAUAAAUGAUCAUUAUCCAGUUUGAACAUUUUACAAAUGACAGCUUUAUUUUAAUUACAAAUCAAUCUUAUUAGGCUGCCAUUAUACCAGUUUCAAGUAUGAUAUACUACUAGUUAAAAAUUUGUAAUAUUUGUUAUACUGUAUACGAAUAGAUCUACAGUAACCAGUAUGCCUUUUAGUGAUGCCAUUUGCAAAUUAACAUGAAUACUGUAUAUUUAAAGAGCUCUAUCUGAUUUUAUAUACAGUAAAACCCAAGAAUAAGGGCUAUGAUUGCAAGGCAUUAUGAUUAUAAAAACAUAUUAAAAACUAAGUGAUGGCAAGUCUAUCACUUGCAUAGCUUGCCAUCCUCUUUAAAAGUCUGGAAAAGCCGAUUACAUUGCAAGGCUUGAAAACCAAGGCACAACAUUCCUUGAUGCCAGAGACAAUAACCCAUAAUAGUACACUUAUUCAGUCUUGUUGGUUAUACUUGUAGAAAGCAAAACUUGCUUUUUGUCAGUGAAGCAAAUUAGGUGAAAGAGAAGUAACCUAAAUGGAUCAAAGUAUAAUUUUGUUCCCUCAUUUAAAUGAAGGGGCCCCCUGGCUUGAAAGAUGUAAUAGGCUUUCCCAACUCGAGGCAUUGUAAAUUUCUGCACUUGUUAAACAUUUGUAAUAUAGUUGAGAUUUGAAUUUUGUUAUUCCAGGGUUUUACCGAGCAUUGUUUUAUAACUGUUAUGUAGCAAAAUUAGUAUAUAGAAAUGUUGGAGGCAUUCUUCUUGUGCAGCAGUUAAUGUACUGUAUUGGUGUUGUUAAAGUUGAGUUGAUCAGUGUGAAACAUUCUGAGACCAACUUUAGCUACUUUAGUUGGUUCUUUAUUUUUCUGGAUUCACUGCCUGUUGUUCUCAGUGAUUUAAAUUAUGUUAAUACUUUAAAUGUGGCAGUUAUAUGCUGAAUAUGCACAAGUUUGUGAAGUCAUUAUGUGUUCUGUUAUUAUACUUUCAGAACUAAUGUUUAUUAAAGUAUGUAAAAUGUUUAUAAAAUAUAAUUGCAUGCAGUUAAAUUGCUGGAUCUAUGUUCAGAUUUACUAACUUUAUACAAGUAGUGAUAAAUGUCAGUGAUGUACAGUUUGGAGGUUGUAAAUUGUUUGUAUGGCACUUGGUCACUGGUGUCAGGUUGAAGUCUAGCAUGUAUUAUAUCUGUUUUGCAGUAAACGGUAGGCUGGUCUGGAUCACCUUAAUGUAGGUGCAAACAGCAGACAGGAGAUUGUCCUGUCUUGGCUGCUGUCCAGGAAAUGUGGACUGCAAGCACAACAUGAGCCCGUCACAAGAAUGUUAUCUGUAACAUGUUUAAUAAGAAUAUAUCAA